AUGUUCAUUUCUAAAAUACGUAAGGAGUCCGCUAAUGAUGAUGACGACUUACGUGGUGAAGAUGAAGCCGAAGGCAGCCAGUUCCGUCAGUUCCAGUUCGAUGGCAAUCGAGCCGAUUUUCGAACUUUUUCUGGCUCUUACAUUGGAUAUACAAACGCGGAAAAUUAUAAUCCCGCUAUGAAUCAGCAACAACAGGCUCAGCCUCAACAGCCUCAACCGGCUCCACCACAACAACCUUUAAACCAAGCUCAUUGUGCUAUUGUGCCCUUCUAUACUUCUCGAAUUGAUUUCCCUCAACAAGUCAACAGCUUUAUGAACCAGAAUGAGCAAGACCAAGAAAUCUUCCCAUCAAAGAUUGAAGGCAUCGAGACUCGAAUGAUUCGUAAAAUAGACAUGCCUCUAUUCUUUCUCAAUGAUUCCGCUUUCUGUAACCCAUCAACCGUUGAUCCACGUGAAGUUUAUUGUACAGUACCAGGUAGAACUUCCCUUCUUAGUAGCACUACCAAAUAUCGGGUGACUGUCGGAGAAAUUCAGAGAAGAAUUAGUCCUCCGGAAUGUUUGAACGCUUCUUUACUGGGCGGUAUUUUGAGAAAGGCAAAAUCCAAAGAUGGCGGGAAAACUUUGAGAGAUUCUCUAAAGAAAAUAGGUUUAACUCUACCAGCAGGCCGACGAAAACAAGCGAAUGUAACAGCUUUGACUGCUCUAGUUGAAGAAGAAGCCGUGCACAUGGCCAAGGAUUUUGCAUUAGUUUGUGAAAAAGAGUUCCAUGCUCGAGAGAUCGGUGUAUUCCUAACGAAAGCCAAUCUGGCAGUAGAGCAUGAUGCUGUUAAGAGAAGGACAAUCCUCGAGCACAGCAAAAAAGUUAUAACCGAACUAUGUGACUUGAUAGCUGCCGAUAGAACACCUUUGACACCAUUCAUACAAGUGCCCAGAGGAACUCCUUUACUAGAUCCGGCAAUACAGCAACAUAUCAGUCAUUUCACAUUGGUGACGCAUGGAUUUGGUGCAGUAGCAAUGGUGGGAGUUCUACAGUCGAUCAGAAAUGUGAUUGAUGAGAGCUUAAAGUAUAUGGAUAGGAACUGUCCGCCACAAAUGUACAUGAAUUAUAAUUCUCGUUGA